CAAUUAUUGAAUCCACAGCCAGGCAUCCAGUUCGAAUUGAGUAUGUUGCGUCGUGCCCCCAUGUCAAAAUCGUGCCUGCAGCUGCUGCAAUUGCUGUUGCUACUCGCAGUCAGCCUGUGCGCCGUGCAAGCGCGCUGGACACUGCGCCCCAGGCGCACCACCACUACCACCACAACAAGUACCACUUCCAUGCCUGCGCAAAGUGACCGGCAUCAGCAUGUGCAUCACUGGCCACCAUUAGUGGCACCGCAGGCGCCACAAUCACAACCACAACCGCCUGGCCUGCAGCUGCUGCCCACGUUCACCGACAACAAGGACAACACCCGACUUAUUGAUAGCUUCGAUCAACGCUCGCCCGAUGGACAACACGAGUACAGAUACCAGCUGAGCAACGGAGAUACGCGCUAUGAGCGCAGCUACUGGCUGCCCGUGGGCAAGAGCUUUGUGCUGGCGCGUCGUGGUUACUAUUCGAUGCCACUACCCAAUGGUCAGUAUUCGACCGUAUUCUAUAGGGCCGAUCACCAGGGCUACCAUGUGGACACGCACACAUUAUCCGGCGAGCAGCCGCUGCUGCCCCGCACCCUCGAUGUGCCACAUGAUGUGGCAGCCAUGAAGUCAACGCCAACAGCUAAGCGAAAUUCAAUAAGCGUGCCAGAGCGUAACGACGAAGAGUUGGCCCAGCAUCCAGAUGCCAUGGCCGUGGGCAUCAACACUUCCCGAACGAGCACCAGAAGCGGGAGCACAGCCAAAGGUCAAACUGAAGCUGAUGUCCGCCUGGAAGCAAAUAACCAAACACAGACCCAGAUCCAGCACCAGAACCAAACCAAGCCAUCAACUGUGGCCACAGUUGACGACAUUUUUGCAGCUAAACUUGGCACAGCACCAGCUGAGGAUGAUGAUGAUGCUGAUGAUGAUGUUGUUGUUGGUGAUGAUGAUGAUGAUGUGGCAGCCAGUAACAUUAACGUAAACUGAAAGCUAGCUGAAUACGAGGGCGUGAAUGUGAACGCGGAUAAGUUUGGGGUUGGGCAUGGGAACUUUGUCGUAAGCACGGUCGGUAAAGUGACAUCAAAUAGCUGCACGUGUGGCUGGAUCUGCUCCACUGGCAAGAGCCAUGGGGCUUUUCGCUUUGCUCUGCUCAACUGCCAGGCUUCGGUUGCUCCAAAUCAAAUUGAAGCAAUUGCCGCAGCGAGAGACAUCAUUGAAUGCUGCCCCCGAAGAGCUCGAAAUUGAGUACAGCUGAGUUGGCCCUGUCGAAAAUCAUUUUUGGCUAUUGGCUGUUGGCUGUUCCGUAACACAAUUUGCCACCAAGACGACAACAGACCGAUAGAUCGAAAAUAUGAACAUAUAUAGACGACAGGACCAUGAGACCGAGUCACCAAAUACCCAGUCACCGAUACACAUCAUCAAUUGCUCACAUUACGCCCGCAUCAGCAUUGGCUUCAACAGGCUUCGAAUUCAA